AUGGAGUUUGAUAGCCUGAACAGACAGGCAAAGGAAUUGAUACACGUUGCCUCGUCACUUUUCCAGAGAGUGCCGGGCUCUGCUGUUUUGAUUCGGUACAUACGAUCGAGCUACCAGAACGACCCUGUUCGAUCUGCUAUCGAACUUAUUUUGGUCCUAUUCUUCAUCCGAUAUCUGUUGUCGCCGUCCUACUCGACGCACAAGCAGAACUUCGUCAAACUAAAGGAAGAGGAAAUCGAAGAGCUGGUCGAUGAUUGGACUCCGGAGUCGUUAGUUCCCGAGCCGACGCCAUUGGAAGAAAUCGAGAAUGAGAAGCUUCCUACAAUUGUUGGUCCGACUGGACCGAAAGUGAAACUAUCCACCGGCCGAACGGUCACGAAUCUCGCGUCAUACAACUUCUAUAACUUCAACUCGAACGAACAGAUCAAGGAAAAGGCGAUCCAAACCCUACGUACCUAUGGCGUUGGACCUUGUGGCCCGCCGCAGUUCUACGGCACUCAGGACGUUCAUGUCAAAGCGGAGGCCGAUAUCGCGGAGUAUCUCGGCACAGAGGGCUGUAUUGUGUACGCUCAAUCAUUCUCCACAGUCUCUAGUGUCAUCCCGACAUUCUGCAAGAGAGGAGAUAUCAUCAUUGCAGACAAGGGCGUCAACUACUCCAUCCGGAAGGGCCUUCAGGCCUCGCGAAGCAACAUCAAAUGGUACAACCACGGCGAUAUGGGUGACUUGGAAAGAGCUAUGAAAACUGUUGUCAAGGAACAAAGCAAACUCAAGAAACUGACCCGUCGAUUUAUCGUGACGGAAGGUUUAUUCGAAACGACCGGCGAUGCUACCGAUUUGCCUAAACUUGUCGAAUUGAAGGAAAAAUACAAAUUCAGAAUUAUACUGGAUGAGACAUGGUCGUUCGGAGUCCUCGGCCGUACAGGGCGCGGCCUUACGGAAGCGCAGAAUGUUGACCCUCAACAGGUGGACAUGAUUGUCGGGUCUCUCUCUGGCCCUCUCUGUGCUGGCGGUGGCUUCUGUGCUGGUGCAAAGGAUGUCGUUGAGCACCAAAGAAUCACCUCUUCUGCGUACACUUAUUCAGCAGCGCUACCGGCCAUGCUGGCGAUGACAGCCAGCGAAACUGUGCAUCUUCUGCAGUCAAACCCAGAGAUUGUCAACCAAUGCCGCGAGAACAUCAAGGUCAUGAAGCUUCAAUUGGAUCCUCGUAGCGAAUGGGUUACAUGCACGAGCAACCUGGAUAACCCUAUUAUGCUCUUGGUAUUCAAACCCGAGGUUAUCAAGGCACGCAAUCUCAGUAUUGAAGACCAAGAACGACUCUUGAUGGACUGCGCAGAUGAGUCAUUGGCUAAUGGUGUGAUGAUUUGUCGACUCAAAACACGCAUGUACGCAAAUGUUAUGACAGCGAAGACGAGUGACUGGUUCGUCCAACCCGCUCUCAAGGUUUGCAUUACGUCGGGACUAUCGAAAAAGGACACCGAGAAAGCUGGUGUUACCAUUCGAAAUGCAAUCAGCAAAGUCAUGACCCGGAAGCCAAGUGGCAAAGCCAUGUAA